AUGUCUUUCGGUUACUCAAUCGGAGACUUCAUCAUCCUCACUCAAAUAGCGUACAAUACAGUACAGAAUGCUCUCAAGGCCUGUGGAGUCCACGACAAGCUCACACGUGAGGUCAACUCUUUGCGCCUCGUCCUCAACCGCCUCCAAGUCGAAGUCUCAAAGCCUGAUUCCAUUCUGAAUCAGAAGGAAGACAACCGAAGGAAGGAGCUAGCUACGCUAGCGGGGGACUGCAGACGAGUGCUCAACAUCUUGACGCAGAUUCUCGAGAAGUACAAUGCUUUGUCGGAUGAGAAGAGGAGUGUAACAAAGCUAUGGCAACGAUUCAGAUUCGGCAGCGGAGAGUCGCAAGACCUGGGAAAGAUCAGGGGAGAAGUUUCAAGCUACACUCAAGCCAUAUCACUGUUCUUGAAUAUGCUGGCUAUUGGUUCUCAGGGAAAGGUCGAAGCGUACAUGGAUGCGCAUGGCGAGGAGUUGAGAGAUAUCAAACAAUCUCUGCAUUGGGUAACAGCUAGCUUGCAAGCGCGAGGAACUCAUGAGGAGAAGAGUAUCUUGACAACAUAUCCGGAUGAUGAUAAACUUGUCUGGAAGGCCUUUAGAAAAGAGUUGAUUAUGGAGGGCUUCUCGAGUCGAACUUUGGGAAGGCAUAAAAAGGUCAUCAAGAAGUAUGUCCUGGAGAUGGGUGACAGA